ACCAGAUAUGAAAAAAAUAAAUCUUAGUGUAGAAACUUUUCCAGUGUGAUCUAAAGCAGGUCUAGCUCACCUGUUAAGUGUCUUUUACCAUACAUUAACUUGACCAGUUAUGUUAGGUUCUUCAUAGGGCUGGCAGUAUUCAAUCCUAUCACUCUGCUGUAGUCUCAAGUUCAUAGUUUAGAAUGAAAGUUUGAUAGUACCUUUAAAGAUAUAUUGCAGUUCUGUUACAGCUCUUGGCAUGCUAUUUUGCUUUUUUUUUAACAGGCCUUACAUUGCUCUUCUAUAACAUUUCAAUGUGAAGACUCCUUUUAACAGGGCUGUAAGUUGAGUGAAGGAUGCAUCUUUGUGUAUAACUGGGACCCCAUUUUGUCCCUCUUGAAAUGAAAAGCAGCAAUUGUGCCUGCGCCCAGCUCCUGCAGUUGGCUUUGCCUGUGUUUUUCCUGUUCUGCAGUGUCAACAUGGUUGCUAUGAAAACAGGCAUAAACAGUAGCACACUGAGUGCCAGCUGCUGCCACCAUAGUAGACAGCUCUUCAUCCUUGGGUGUCCUAAUAAGAUAGUUUGAAAUUUUGACUACCAAGUUGAAGCAGAGAAGACUGGGUUAUGUGUAAAAUCCACGUAUAUCUCCUACAUGCUUAGACAAAGUUGUUUUAUUCUUGUUUAGAUCUGUUUAAGAUCAUCUUGCACACUUUCAUUGCAGAACUUGAAAUAAAAAGCAAAUGACAUCAUCUGGUCCAGCUGGGAGGUAGAUGUGGAUUACAGAAGUAGCAUACUAAAGUUUAGAUCUCUUGGGCUUCUACUGUGGUGGGAGGGAUGGUCACUUUGGUGCUGAAAAUUAUGGGAGAGAGGGGAACUGUUUUGAGGGAGGAGUGGCUAAAAAGCAACAGUAGAUUUCUGCAACAUUGGAGUACUUCAAAAAUAGCUCUGAAUAAAAAUGUGUAUUUAGAUACAUGCUCUCCAUUUAAGACCUAAAUGUCAGGAUGCUAAUUCUGGUUCCUUCUUGAGGUCAUGUGUUGUUUUUGCUGCUUUUGUAGUGGCUUCUUUCAAGACACAGCUCAUGAAUGUUCCUGGUAACUGGGGAUGCUGGAUGGUUUGGGGGGAGGGAAGCGUUUUGUAAGGUGAAUGAACUGUAGGAUUGCAGGAAGAUUAUCUUGAUAGGGGAUGAGGUGAGCUGCCAUGCAUACCAGAUAAUGAUUCUACUUCUGUUGGGUUACGAAUAAUGAAUUGAGGCAGAUCAUGUGAAGUAUGAAGAGACUUCAGCAAAACAAAGCUUGAGAUGUUUAAAGUAGACUAGUCUAAAAAUACGCUUGUCUUGAAGCACACUUUAAAAAAGACUCCAAUUAAAUGUUUAACUUCCUCCUUCUUUCUAGUUCUGGAAGUGUUGUGUAACUGUUUUACAGCUUAGUGGGGGUAAGGUGCUGCGACUGCAGUCUGUUUAACCUACCCUGUCCUAACCACUGCUUCGGUGGGCUGUGGCAGCCUGACUUUGUGCUCCAUGAAACGCAUACCUCCAUUCCCCAAUAUGGGCAAAAGAAGUGGUUCGUACCGUCUGGGACAGGCAUGCCGAGCUGAUGUUUCCCUAGCAUUCUAAGGAUGCUUUCCAAGUUAGCCUUCUAGAUAUCUGGCAAGUGUCUGGUGUCUUUUAAGGAGGCCAAAUGUCUUAAACGUUUUCUUUCAUGUAAACCUGGGAGUGAAGUAUGCAUCCUGAGCUAGAGGUGAAUAUAUCGGAGUUGUAAUUCUUGUUUCUCAGGCUUUAACUGCUAUUUAAGUCAUAAAACAACUUAAGUCUUCAAAUAUUAAACCAAUGUGCCCUUUAAAGGUUUAGGUCUAAUACUGCCUAUUCUUACAAUUAGCUUCUAGAACGAAGCUUGAUUAGUCAAUAAAUGUAGUAGCUUCAAGAGAAAGCUCAACAACUACCAGGAAGAAAUAAUUUGUAGAGAUAAGUAGCUGGCUUUUGAGUUUAACCCUGAGGAAUAAGGAAGAAGGUGUGUUACUGAGAGAGAGAACAGCAGUAAGGCUGGUUAGACAGUAGUUAAAGACACCUAAGCAUUUUAUAAGUUUUUGAAGUGAAGACUAGCUACAAAAACUAAUUAGAGGAAAAGUUAUGUAGCAUGCUGUUUCUUUGACUGUUCAAAGCUGCCUUCCUCCAAGCAAAGCUGAGACAAACUUAUAUUCUCUACAGUAGCUUUAGUAAUUAUGAUACUGCACAAGAAAGUACUGAGUUGGAAUUCCUGCUUGGUUUUUAUUGCCUUUGCUGUGAGGGUGGGCAACCUCUAAAUCUCUUAUUUUAAUGUAGCCUUUGGUUGGGAGAGGGGAAAGUGUUCUAAUAAUGUCUUUCUCCCUCAGGCAAGUAAUCUGCAGCCAUGAGCAGCAACGAGUGCUUCAAGUGUGGACGUACUGGCCACUGGGCUCGGGAGUGCCCUACUGGGAUUGGCCGUGGUCGUGGGAUGAGAAGCCGUGGCAGAGCAGGCUUCCAGUUCAUGUCUUCAUCUCUCCCGGAUAUCUGUUACCGCUGUGGUGAGUCUGGCCACCUUGCCAAGGACUGUGAUCUUCAGGAGGAUGAAGCCUGCUAUAACUGCGGUAGAGGUGGCCACAUUGCGAAGGACUGCAAGGAGCCGAAGAGGGAGAGAGAGCAGUGCUGCUACAACUGCGGCAAACCUGGCCACCUGGCUCGUGACUGUGACCACGCAGAUGAGCAGAAGUGCUAUUCUUGUGGAGAGUUUGGACACAUUCAAAAAGACUGCACCAAAGUGAAAUGCUAUAGGUGUGGUGAAACUGGCCACGUAGCCAUCAACUGCAGCAAGACCAGUGAAGUCAACUGCUAUCGCUGCGGCGAGUCAGGGCACCUUGCACGGGAAUGCACAAUUGAAGCUACAGCCUAAUUAAAUUCCUUUGUCGCCCCUCCUUUUUCUGAUUGAUGGUUGUAUUAUUUUUCUCUGAAUCCUCUUCACUGGCCAAAGGUUGGCAGAUAGAGGCUACUCCCAGGCCAGUGAGCUUUACUUGCCGUGUAAAAGGAGGAAAGGGGUGGAAAAAUCAACUUUCUGCAUUUAACUACAAAAAAAAAAAUGUUUAUGUUUAGUUUGGUAGAGGUGUUAUGUAUAAUGCUUUGUUAAAGAACCCCCUUUCCGUGCCACUGGUGAAUAGGGAUUGAUGAGUGGGAAGAGUUGAGUCAGACCAGCAAAAACCCUCUCUGGGUUCCACGGAAGUGAUCCUAUGCAGGAGGAAAGAAAUUCUGGAAGUGUCUAAACUUCCUCAUAACUUUAAUUUUAUUACAAUGGCCUUGGAUUGUCUGACCUCAGUAGCUGUUAACACCAAGUAAUAUCUGUAUCAGGCCCUACCUAGAGCAUAUAGCUGAGUGGGAGUAAACAAACACGAUGCACAUGCCUGUUAAUGGCCACGAGAGAGAGAGAGAGAAAUCAGGAAUAAACAUAAAAGUAACAGUAAUUCAGUCAAUGAAUGUUCAUGUUGGAGAUACAGAACGUAAUGGGAAGCUUUUGAAUAAAUAUUUCAAAGUCAAUCUGAAACCCAGACAUCAGUGCUCAUAGCAUAUACAAUUUGGAGCUAUUCAGGAGUUGCAAAUAAAUGCAUUUUCACAGAAAUCAAGAUGUUAUUUUUGUAUACUAUAUCACUUAGACAACUGAGUUUCAUUUGCUUGUAAUCAGUUUUUAAAGUAAGAUGGUAAAAGCAAUUGAAGUCCUAGAACAUAGAAAAUGUAAUUUUAAAACUAUCAAUAAAGCUGGAGGAGGAAGGGGAGUUUGGCUAAAGUUCCUUUUGUUUAUUUUUGGUUUUCAUGUACACAGUGCAAAAUAACAUUAAAAAGGGGUAUGUGGAGGUGUAAAA